AUGGUUACAGCUUCUCAAGUUUACAGAUCCACCAGAUCUUCCGCUCCAGAGACUAAAAGCUUCGAAGAAGUGGUUAUUCAAGGUUUGGCUAGCGAUGGUGGUUUGUUCAUCCCACCAACUAUCCCACAAGUUUCUCAGGAGAUUCUCUUUAGCAAGUGGUCGAAACUCUCCUUCCAAGAUCUCGCUUUCGAGAUCAUGAGAUUGUACGUUGCUCAGGAUGAAAUUCCUGAUGCUGAUUUGAAAGAUUUGAUCCAAAGAUCGUACUCCACAUUCCGUGCCUCUGACGUUACGCCGUUGGCCAAGAAUGUUACUGGUGAUAAGGAGAAUCUACAUAUUUUGGAACUUUUCCACGGACCAACUUACGCCUUUAAGGACGUGGCCCUACAGUUUUUGGGUAACCUGUUUGAGUAUUUCCUGCAAAAGACUAACAAAGACUUGCCCCAAGAGCAGAGAAAGAAGAUUACUGUGGUGGGAGCCACUUCCGGUGACACUGGGUCUGCUGCCAUCUACGGUUUAAGAGGUAAGAAGGACAUUUCUGUUUUCAUCCUGUAUCCAACUGGUAGAAUCUCACCGAUUCAAGAGGAACAAAUGACAACCGUUCCAGAUAAGAAUGUGCAGACGUUGUCUGUCAAGGGGACUUUCGACAACUGUCAGGACAUUGUGAAGGCUAUUUUUGGUGAUAAAGAUUUUAACUCUAGACACAACGUCGGUGCCGUCAACUCCAUUAACUGGGCUAGAAUUUUGGCUCAAAUGACUUACUACUUCUAUUCAUACUUCCAAGCAACUGGCGGCGAGGCCGAUAAAGUCAAAUUCGUUGUCCCAAGUGGUAACUUCGGUGACAUCUUGGCAGGUUAUUUCGCUAAGAAAAUGGGUUUGCCAAUUGAGAAACUAGUUAUCGCCACAAAUGAGAACGACAUUCUAGAUCGAUUCUUGAAGUCCGGUACUUAUGAACGUUCUGAUAAAGUUGCCGCCACCCUAUCGCCAGCCAUGGAUAUCUUGAUAUCUUCGAACUUCGAAAGACUACUCUGGUAUCUAGCUUACGAGAACUUGACAAGCCACGAUGCUUUGAAAGCUGGGGAUAUCUGUAACACCUGGUUCCAAGAGCUGAAGACUAAGGGCAGCUUUACCGUGGACAAAGUCGUUAUUGAAGGAGCGCUAAAGGACUUCUCCUCGGAGAGAGUUUCUAAUGCUGAAACUACGGCCACCAUCAAGAAAAUGUAUCAAGAUUCUCAACGCCCAGAGAAGUAUAUCCUUGAUCCUCACACUGCUGUCGGUGUCUGUGCUACUGAAAGAUUGAUUGCUUCAGACGACGAUUCAUCUCUGCAUUACAUUUCUCUCUCUACCGCUCACCCAGCUAAGUUUGCCGAUGCCGUCAACGACGCUUUGGCCUCCUACAGUGAUUACUCUUUCGAGAAGGAUGUGUUGCCCGAGGAGCUAAAGAAGUUGGGAAACCUGGAGAAGAAGAUCAAACUAGUGGAAAAAGCUGAUACAGAGUUAGUUAAAACUGUCAUCGAGGAGGAGCUUGCAAAGAUGGGAUUGUGA